AACGAAGAAAAGCGAAACCUGGAGCUCGGAGGCCAUGUGGGGUUCGACAGUCUUCCAGACCAGCUGGUCAGCAAAUCGGUUGCACAGGGAUUCUGCUUCAACAUCCUCUGUGUGGGUGAGACAGGGAUUGGCAAGUCAACGCUGAUGAACACUCUUUUCAACACGACAUUUGAAAACGAGGAAGCCAGCCACUAUGAGCAUGAGGUCCAGCUGCGUCCACAAACGUAUGAUCUGCAGGAGAGCAACGUCAACCUCAAGCUGACCAUCGUACAUACCGUAGGGUUCGGAGAUCAGAUCAACAAAGAAGAAAGCUACAAACCCAUUCUGGAGUAUAUCGAUGCCCAAUUUGAAAACUAUCUUGAAGAGGAGCUGAAAAUAAAGCGUUCCCUAUUUAACUACCAUGACACAAGAAUCCACAUCUGCCUCUAUUUCAUCGCCCCCACCGGACAUUCCCUGAAGUCCAUCGAUCUCGUCACGAUGAAGAAACUGGACAGCAAGGUGAACAUCAUCCCGGUUAUUGCCAAGGCGGACACCGUAUCCAGGAGUGAGCUGGACAAAUUAAAGAUCAAGGUGAUGAGUGAGCUGGUCAGCAAUGGAGUGCAGAUUUACCAGUUUCCUACUGAGGAUGAGGCUGUUGCAGAGAUCAACUCUUCCAUGAACACUCAUCUUCCAUUUGCUGUGGUUGGAAGCAUAGAAGAUGUUAAAGUAGGAAAUAAGAUGGUGAAAGCAAGGCUGUACCCCUGGGGAUCCGUGCAGGUGGAGAAUGAAAACCAUUGUGAUUUCGUGAAGCUGAGGGAAAUGCUGCUGCGUGUGAACAUGGAGGAUCUCCGGGAGCAAACACACGCUCGGCACUAUGAGCUGUACCGUCGCUGCAAGCUGGAAGAGAUGGGCUUCAAGGACACGGGCCCUGACAGCCAGUCGUUCAGCCUUCAGGAGACGUACGAAGCCAAGAGGAAGGAGUUCCUUGUUGAACUUCAGCGCAAAGAGGAAGAAAUGAGACAGAUGUUUGUUAACAAAGUCAAGGAGACAGAAGCAGAGCUGAAGGAGAAGGAGAAGGAGCUUCAUGAGAGGUUUGAGCAGCUCAAGCGGAUGCACCAGGAAGAAAAGAAGAAUCUGGAAGAGAAAAGACGAGAACUGGAAGAGGAGAUGAACGCCUUCAACAGAAGAAAGGUUGCAGCUGAGACACUGAUGGGACAAGCGCUUCAAGGCUGCUCACAGCAGCCGUUCAAGAAAGACAAGGACAAGAAGAAGCUGACCUGCCAGACUGUAUCUCAGGCAGGGGCACUUCUGUUUACAUUCGACUGGUCUCAUCGAUGCUCACACCAUGUGCAACACAGAUGAUACUCAGACAUCCCACGUAGAACUGUAAUCAUUGUUGCAGGUGGAAACAUUAUCUGUCAGGUUGAAUUAUGUAUGCUCAGAGCUCGCACACACAGUUUGAAGUGAAGAUUAGCCUUGAAAAUCCAUAAUCACAAAGCUGUCAUAGUGAUUGGCAAAACAGAAGCAAAUAUGUUGUUUCUUCAGAAAAUGUCACUAUUAAUAGUAGCUUGUCCUGGCUUUAACAUCCUACUAUGUGGGUGAAAAUGUUAAAGACUGCCACAGGCAUUAAGCCAGCAUAAUGCCACACAUGGCUGGACAUGUGGUUUCAACAGGUUUCUGUGUAUGUUUUGAUGCUUUUACUUAUUAUUUAAAACAUACUUUAGGAAAAAUCAGUAAAUUAGUUUUGCAUAUUAAAAAAUACAAGAAAAGCUGCAUACACAAAUACAUACAUACAAGCUAAUUAAUAAGAUAAUGUACAUUUUUAUACUUUGUCCCAGUGAAGGAAGUGAGUAAGCUAGAACUUUAUAGAGCCCAUAUAAUGCACAGUUGCAGGGUUUUUAAAUUGAGAAUGAGAAUAUGUUCAGGCUUUUAUUGAUUGUGCUUUUUUACCCUCAUAUUGUAAAUUGCUGCAGCACAGCUAACAUUGUAGUCAUAGCAGAAGCAACUGUAGUGAGGCACUAAUAGAGGACUGAAGGAAGGAUUUAUUGUGUUUUUGGCAAUUGUGUUACAUGGUGGCAUGAAUAAGCAAAAGAAGUAAAUCCUGUACUCUAACUGAGACAUUACAGGCAGGUAUGGUGCAGGGGUUUCUGCAGGAAACGAUAACUCCUUCUGUCGUAGGGUUUGUGUUUUGUUUGCAGACCAUUUACAUACGCAAAAAGCGGCUCUAUAACAAACUUAACUAAAGUUAAAAGCAUUAUAUGGGCUCUUUAAAGUAAGUUUUUGUUCAGACUUGCUUUCAAAUGAUCGGCUGGUUUAAUUUCUCUGUUUUGAUUGUGUCCAAAACUGCAAACUGAAGUGUUCAUAAGUGGAGAUUUGUCUGAAAUUCACUGCUGCAGUAAAAAAAAAAGGCAGCUUAAGUAAUGUAGUGAUAGAAAACAUUGAUUUUUAUGUGGAAGUUGUGGACUCAUGGUCAGUUUGUUAUGAUCUAAAGACUGUGUCGGUUUCGACUGUUGAGUGAUCACACGAACAAAUGUCUCUAUAAAUAUACUUUUAUGGUUUAAAUCUGAUGAAGAUAAAUUGAUUUCAAUGAGGGUUUUUUUUAAACAGAUUUGAUAUGAAUGUUGAAAUGUCAAAGAAAGAAUUUGAGCUGCCAUUCUGACUACUUAAAUGAAAAAACUAGAUAGUUGCUUAAAGAAGUUAGUCUAAACACUGCUGCAUGCCAGUUUCAUUCACUUAUUAUUUUCAUUUGCACCAUGCCUCAUGUCCUUCAUUUUUCCCUUUUGCCAUAUGUUGUCU